UUUUAAAGUUUAAAGUCGUAAUUUUGGUCUAUAAAAUUAUUAAGAGUGGAAAACAAAAUGUUUUUAAAAUGCAUAACUACGUUUACUAGUAAAACAUGUACUAUGUCUAUUAAAUUAAAUUAUAAGUUAACUCGAUGUUUUAGCCAAGAAAAAUUUACUACGGGUUCAUCAAAUGUGAAAACUUGCAUAAACGCGUAUUAUAACCACUUUAAUCGUUUGCCUCUGCCAAACGAUAAAGUAUUUGCGACUUACGUUUGGAUUGAUGGCAGUGGUAUCAACUUACGUUCUAAAGAUCGCAUCCUAGAUAAAGCACCUUGUAAUCUAAAUACACUGCCAACAUGGGCAUUUGACGGAAGUUCAUGUGGACUGGCCAAAGGUGAUGAUUCCGAUACGAUAUUAAUACCAGCUGCGAUAUACAAAGAUCCUUUUCGCAAGAAUCCACACAUAAUAGUUCUUUGUGAAACUUAUCUUCCUGAUGGUACUCCGACGUCUACAAACUUCAGAGCGAAAUGCGCCAAAAUACUUAGCGAAAUAAAUAAUUUAGAACCAUGGUUUGGUAUUGAGCAAGAGUACACAAUUUUCGACAGUGACUUAUGGCCGUUAGGUUGGCCGAAAGGCCGAGGCUUCGCAGUUAUAAAUCCUUUAUAUUCGUAUUGUGGGAACGGAGAACAUGUCGCAGGUAGAGAUAUUGUUGAAUGCCAUGCCAGAGCGUGCAUUUACUCAGGUAUAAAUUACACUGGCACCAAUGCUGAAGUUAUGAAGAGUUCAUGGGAAUAUCAGAUUGGUCCAACAUUAGGUAUCAAAGCAGCUGAUGACCUAUGGCUUAGUCGAUAUUUGUUGAAUAGAAUAGCAGAGUACUUUGGAUCAAUAAUUAGUUUUCACCCAAAACCAAUGGGAGAAAGCCAUCCAGGAAUAGGAUGUCAUCAUAAUUUUAGUACAAAUAAAAUGCGAGAAAAAGAUGGUUUCGCUAUAAUUCAAAGUUUUUGCAAAAUUUUAUGUGAAAGACACAAAGAGUUUAUAAAAAAUUAUGGUCUUGGGAAUGGCGAAGAAAACAAGAAACGGUUAACAGGAAAAUUUGAAACAGCUCAAUAUGAUUCAUGUCUAUGGGGAAUUGCGGACAGGAGUGUUUCGAUAAAAUUAAAGAAAUCGGUAAUUGUAGAGGGCAAAGGUUUUUUAGAAGAUAGAAGACCAGCUGGGGAUUGUGAUCCAUACCGAGUUUCUAAGAUGCUUGCAGAAACAUGCUUACAGCAAAAUAAAUUGUCAUGUUAACUA